AUGCAUCAGAAAACUCUUGAACUACUUCUUACCUUUGCACAUGAGCUGGCCUCAGUUAAGGCAAUGGAGAAGUGUGCGCUCAGCCAGUGCAAGUGUGGAAAUUCCACUUAUCUGGAUGACCACGGACCACCUCUGCAAAAGGUUCUUCCUUUCCCCAGCCAGGUGGUCUACAACAGAGUUGGAAAGUGUGGGAGUCGAACUGUGGUUUUGCUUUUGAGAAUUUUAUCAGAGAAACAUGGAUUCAACCUGGUUACAUCUGACAUUCAUAACAAAACAAGACUUACCAAAAAUGAACAGAUGGAAUUGAUUAAAAACAUAAGCACUGCUGAGCAGCCCUAUUUAUUCACUAGACAUGUUCAUUUCCUCAACUUCUCAAGGUUUGGAGGCGACCAGCCAGUGUAUAUCAAUAUUAUUAGAGAUCCUGUCAAUCGAUUUUUAUCCAAUUAUUUUUUUCGACGUUUUGGAGACUGGAGAGGAGAACAGAAUCAUAUGAUCCGUACCCCCAGCAUGAGGCAGGAGGAAAGAUAUCUGGACAUCAACGUAUGUAUCCUUGAAAACUACCCUGAAUGUUCCAAUCCCAGGUUAUUUUAUAUCAUACCGUAUUUCUGUGGACAGCAUCCGAGAUGCAGGGAGCCUGGUGAGUGGGCCCUUGAAAGAGCAAAGCUGAAUGUUAAUGAAAAUUUUCUGCUUGUGGGAAUUCUGGAGGAGCUGGAGGAUGUGCUGCUUUUAUUAGAAAGAUUCUUACCUCAUUAUUUCAAGGAUGUGCUUAGCAUCUACAAAAACCCAGAACAUAGGAAACUUGGCAAUUUGACUGUGACAGUGAAAAAGACCGUCCCUUCUCCAGAAGCCAUACAGAUCCUCUACCAGCGCAUGAGAUAUGAAUACGAGUUCUAUUACUAUGUCAAAGAACAGUUUCACCUACUAAAGCGCAAGUUUGGACUCAAGUCUCAUAUCAGGAAACCACGUCCCAGACCCGAGUUCUUCAUUCCUUCUCCCCUGGAAACAGAAGAACCAAUAGAUGAUGAGGAAGAUGAUGAAAAAUGGCUAGAGGAUAUCUAUAAAAGGUGAUGAAAGCAAGAGCCAUCCUUCUCUUCUGGUGACCCCUUCAGCUUUCUUAAGAUUUUUUUAAUUAUUAUUAAAAGUAAUUCCUUAAGGAACUGAGUUUCAUGAGCAGCAGUGUUUAAAAUGAAACAAAAGAGAACAUUCCCAUGUGUUGGGGAAAUUGGGAGAUACCUGUUUUUGCGGGUUUGAUUAUAUCAUACUGUCUUGGCUCCAUAGAAUCUUGUCUGGAACAUAGUUUAAGACAGAACUAUGUACAGUCUCAUCACAAAAUAACUUUUGGAGUGUGCAGUAGUGCUCUGGGCACCAGCAAAACACAA